AUGGUGAGCCGUUGUGCCAUAUCCAUCCUGAUCCUAUCGGCGCUUGGAGUGCCAUGGGCAUUAGAGCAACCAAGCUCCUCGGUCUUGGGAUUCCACCCGGCUAUGCAAUUCAUUGCGAAGAAGUUCAGCAUGCACAAGGUGUGGAUUUGGUUGGGGAGCUACGGCCACAGUUGCCCCAAGCCGACCUAUGUCUACUCGAAUUGCCCCCACAUCUUGAAGGAGCUGUACUUACCACUUCUGGAGAAGGAAUGGAGCGCUCAAAUGGUGAACCGGUACGUGGACUCACAGGGAAAAGCACGUGUAUGUGGGGCUGACGAUCUCAAGCAGUCUCAGCAUUACCCAGUUAUGUUUGGAAGGACUGCAGCUGCUGGUGAAAUAAAACAAUGCAGAACCAACUACCCAGUUAUGUUUUGA